AUGGGCACUCAACCCAUUGUUCAGCUGCUGGAGAUAGAGCUUCUGGGGGAUAACCCUGCUUCAUAUACGCAGGCGAUGCACUGGCGUAUGAGACUAGAGGCCCUGCAGGCGUUGGAAGACCCCAUCUCGGUGGUGUUUGUCUGGGUGGGCAGCGCAUCAUCGGCGAACUACGACCAGGUGCUAGACUCCUUUGACAUUGGCCCCCUUGAGAAGGGCACCACGGAGAUCACGAUGGAGUGUGACCCGCCACAGGUUGGGUUAGUCCCUCCGCAUGAAGUGCUAGGCGUGACCAUUCUUGUCAUCUCAUUUCAAUAUCGUGGGCAAGAGUUUCUGCGAGUUGGCUACUACACACAGGUGGCGUACUUCGACGCGUACCUCAACCAGUGCCCACCAGAGAUGCCACAAGAGGACCUCCUGGGGCGCUUCAUCGCAAUGCCGCGGCCAACCGUCACGGUGACCCCCGUCGCGUGGGACAAAACCCCGCCUGAGUGA